UUGUGUGACUGCACUCUUGUGUGGCUCCAACCACUAUCCCUCCCCAUGGAGAAUAGUUUAUUUGUUCGUUCGUGCAAUUUCAUUGGAUAAUUAAUCCCCGAGGGUUGUAAUAAAUACAUGUGUUCGUUGGAGGGAUGUUUCGGGGGGACUAUUGUGCUUGUUGAUGACUUGAUACGAGUCAGUGUGAUUCAGUUAUUUCUGAUUGAAUAGGGAAUACAAGUGACUGUGAGAAAGUACGAUUGAUAUAUUUUUUUAUUUUCGAAACUUGUGGAGUUAUUUAUUCGAGUCAGAGCACUGGCAUCAGUUGACGUUUGAGAACAGAUGUUGGCCUUCGGUGACUCACGGUGUAUCAAAAUUGUGUUGCGAAAAGUUUUUGGGAAGUAGCGAGGUGCAUGUGUGAAAUGCUGGCACUGGUGUAACGGGCUCUGGUGAUGAGGGGUUUUUGAGGAGUUACGAGAGGUUUUACUGGAGGAUUUUUCCUUGGGUCUCGUUGGGAGAUAAAUAACAGGGAAUCAUGACGGAGUAUAAACUCGUGGUUGUUGGAGCUGGUGGUGUUGGCAAAUCAGCGCUUACUAUUCAACUUAUUCAGAAUCAUUUUGUCGAUGAGUAUGAUCCCACGAUAGAGGAUUCGUAUAGGAAACAGGUUGUCAUUGAUGGGGAGACCUGUCUCUUGGAUAUUUUGGAUACCGCUGGUCAGGAGGAGUACAGUGCAAUGAGGGAUCAGUACAUGAGGACGGGGGAGGGAUUUCUGUUAGUUUUUGCUGUUAAUUCGGCGAAGAGUUUUGAAGAUAUAGGAACCUACAGAGAACAAAUCAAAAGAGUGAAAGACGCUGAGGAGGUACCCAUGGUAUUAGUCGGUAAUAAAUGUGAUCUACAACAAUCGUGGGCUGUAAAUAUGUCACAAGCGAGAGAAGUUGCGCGUCAGUAUGGUGUACCGUUCGUUGAAACAUCAGCCAAGACACGAAUGGGUGUGGAUGAUGCUUUUUAUACACUGGUACGAGAAAUACGAAAGGACAAGGAGCACCGUGGCAAGGAGAAGAGAAAACGUCAAAGAGCUGGUAAUUCAGGUCGCAGGAGACCCAGAUGCUGCCUUCUGUAAGCAUCGCCACCACAUCUUCGUCAUUUGACACUGAUCACAAAGAACUAAGAAUGAAAUCGUGCAAGCUUUAAGAAGAAGAGACAGAGCGUAGUGGAACACGUGUUUAGGGAAUUCAAAAAUAUGCACAGUUUUUCCGUAGCUUGCCUCCAAUCCUCCAUCAUCUCGAAGGAUUCAAACGAAACUGAGCACAAUUUUUUCUAUCGAAGCAAAGUAAUUGAUUGAGGCGAGACUACUAAGAGUUUUUGGAAUAACGUGGCUUUCAAUUGGGCAUUUUGAAGGAUACAAAACGUAAGAAUUCGUACAGGAAAAAACUUCAUUCAUUGCCCUUUCGGGUUUUGAGAUAUUGAGACUUGUCGGCGUACCGAAAUUUUAGAAAGAUAUACCGGAGAAUCAUUUCGAUAGGAUUUUUAGAUAUUUGAUCUCUAAGUAACGUAAGGGAUUUUUAAUUUAAAAGAAACCAUUGUAGCCGUUCAAAAUACUUCGGAAACGUCAUGAAUGCAUGACAAAAAUCCAUAAAGAAAAGUGACUUUAACGUAACUAGAAGAUCAAAUAUCAAAUAACCAUCUUGUAAUUAUUGUUCUCAACAUCAGUCCAAGAAUUUCGGAAGAGAGGAGUCCGAAUGUCUCAAAAUUAGAGUACAUUGAACCGGGUUCGAUCUCAUGCAAUAUUUUUCUCGUACUAGUUGUCAAUUUUUUGUGUACAAUAUAGAAUAUGCAUACUGUAACAUGUGAAAUUUCCAAGCUCAAAGUUUAGUGACUUCUGAAAUUGACAGUAGUCUCCCCUCAGAUUAACAACUUCAGUCAGUAUCUGGUACUGUAUAAUACAAGAGAUAAUUAAAUUUGUAUUCCUCAUUGUUAUACUCUAAGGUGAAAGAGCACACCGAAUCGACAUUACUCAAGAAGAUUUAAUAACGUUCAUAAUGAGCAAGUGAAACUUUUUAAACUGAUAAAGACACUUUUAAUCGCGCAAAUUUUUCCCCCCUCGUUAAUCACGUUAUGGUAACCGAAUGAUUUAUGUUAAACUGCAUGAUAUUUUAAGUUCCUUUUUUAUGAUGUUUUUCUGCCGCAGAAUGAAGCAAUUCAUGUGCCAGACGACUAUCCGUUGCCACAGAGAAAGAAAGGGGAGAGUAAUAAUUUUUAUUGCCGAAUAUUUUUCUCCUUAUUUCACUUGAGAAAUCAGUUUUUUGAUUAACUGUACUUUUCAUUCGAUUUCGAGGGCCAAGAUAAUCAAUUAAAAUGUGACGUAAUGUUUCACAAUAUGUAGGGAUAGAUAUUGCUACAAUUUUAUUGUAAAUAUAAGAUGCAUAGGGCCUGGACUGUUUUAAAUCAAUUUUAACGUUUUUUUUCUCUUUAAAUUGUUGUAUUCACUGGAUUUGUUCUAAUCAACGUGCUUUUUUCACGUCAUAACCAAUGUGCGUUAUUUUUUUUAUGACGAAGGGACAAAAGUGAGGUUUAUGCCUAUAAGAUUGCCACGUAACUUUUGAGUCAAAUUUAUAGUUUGUACAUUUUUAAUUGUAAUAUCUAACGACAUUUCGAAUGCUAUGAACCUAUAGAUCAAUAUCACGUGAAUCGACGAACGAUUUAUCUAAGAAAAGAUUCUAUAGGUAACAGAAAUAGUGUUCAAUAGUUUUUCAUAUGGAUGAAUGGAUAAAUAAAAAAUUGAAGUUAAAAUAUUUAGAGGAGAAUUCCAUCAGGAAAUCUGAUAAUUUACACGUCGAAUUCGAUAGUAGUCCCUUUUAAUCUUCAAUCAUGCCAUUCAAUGGCGUUAUACUGUGAAUUCUGCAACGAUGCAAAUAUAUAGUUAGUCGUAAGAUAAUUCAAUUGAAUCAAUAAAAGAACGUUUAUAUAAA